AUGGCAUUCAGGAGGCAAGUGAAAAACUUUGUGAAAAAUUACUCAGAUGCUGAAAAAAAAGUCAGGGAAGCAACUUCUAAUGAUCCUUGGGGUCCUUCUAGUUCCCUGAUGUUAGCUAUCAGUGAUCUGACUUUCAACACGAUUUCUCUCUCAGAGAUUAUGAAUAUGCUAUGGCAGAGACUAAACGACCAUGGGAAGAACUGGCGCCAUGUGUAUAAAUCCCUUAUGCUAAUGGAUUAUCUCCUCAAGAAUGGAUCUAAGAAAGUUAUUCAGCUUUGCCGAGAGGGGUUCUGUAACCUUCAAACACUAAAAGAUUUUCAACACGUAGAUGAAGCUGGAAAAGACCAAGGUUAUCAUAUCCGGGAAAAGUCUAAGCAAGUCGUAACAUUGCUGAUGGAUGAGCAGUUGCUGCAGAAAGAGAGGGAAGUAGCAUGUCGGACUAGACGGCGUAGCUCCUACUCUAUGGCAUUUUCUAAAAGAUUACCUCAUACAGGUAACUCACCAACAGCCUGGGCUUCUGCCCCCACACCAGAAGCUCCUGCCUCAGAGAACAAGUAUAAGCUUCUUAAGGUUGCAAGGCAACGUGAAAGAAAGAACACGGCCAAGGCUGGAUGGAAACAAGAGCAGUGGCAAGACAGCCAGCUGCCUGGGGAUGCCGUGUUGUCCCAGGAGACGCUACCACUCAAGAUCAAUACGUGGAAAUCAUCAGAGGACCUGAUGUUAUUUUAUGAGGAUGAACCAAAGCCAGUUUUGCCGACAGUUCCUCCAACCAUUACUAGUAUCUCAUCAACUACGUGGUUGUCAGAAGGGCAAGCGGAAGAUUGUAACCUCUGGAAUGCAGAUGCCUUACCUACUCCCUCAGAAAAAAAACCAUCUCUGCAGACAAAUGUGAAUUUGGACAAGAAAGCAGCGAGUACCGUUACAAAUACUGUCACAGAAAACCCUUUUCAAAUGCCUCCAGAAAAGCAGUCAACUGCAAAAAAUUUUGAAAAAUUGACAACUUUACCAGCAUUUGGGUCACUGAGUAAAGAAGAGUCUGUCCAUCCAAGUGUAAGAAUAUCCAAGUCGGAUUCGACCUUCUAUAACGGGGCCUCUGUAGAGACACUCUAUGUCUCUCCCUCGUUCAAGACGUUUGGCCCAGCGAAGGAGACUGUAACCAAGAAGGAUGCUCAGAAACCAGCCCAGCCCAGCAUUGUUCAGAGGGAUGUUGAUAUCCUCAAGAGCCUAACGGAAUGGGUGUCAACCACCUCUGAGGGGACAUCCUCCUUUUCUACUCUCUCUAUAUCGUCUCCUGACUCGGCCUCUCCAGACAAGUGUGCUCCUCUCUUACCGCGGAUUUUGACUGGACCUUCCUACUGGGCUUUGUCCCAUCAACAGUCUUCUUCUGUCUCCUUUGAAGAUAAAGAUAAGAAAGCCAGGGUUCGUCACCCCUUUGCUCCUAGGAGCCCUCUGUCUUCCGAUGAAGAAACGGACAACUUUAAUCUACUGGAAAGUCUUCCAGAUAACUCUGAUUCUGCUAAAAAGAAGAUAAGUCCUAUUUCUAGCAGUAAUUGGGUAGGGCUUUCCACCCAAAGUGUAGACCACUUCACCUCUGUGCCCUGUCCUAGUUUCCAGACAACCAAAGGCCCGCCUCAGGAGCCUAAAGCAAACAGUUCCAUUCAGGGUCUUCUAGGGGAGGUAAAAAAUGCAAUAGUCAAACUACACGAAGACCUGAGUAUGGUGAUACAAGAACUUUGUGUCAUCAACAGCCAUCUGGUAAGAAUGAGUGGGAAUAGCCCACAAACCAGCAUGGCUUCACCUCUGCCCCAGUCCUCUGAGGAGAGCUCAGAUCCAAUAGAGUCAUCCCAGUAA